AAAAAAAAAGAAAAAAGAGAAAAGAAAGUAAGAAAAGAAGAAUAAAGGGAAAGGAGGCGAGGUAAUACGGGAAGCUAGGAAGCUACGAGGAGCGCGUGGCUGGAGAGCAUGCAGGAUUCGGGCGAGGCCCGCAGAGGCCUCAGUCCCGCCGGUGGACCAGGAUAAGGUUCUCACCCGCAACGGUUCACGAGCGUCGCCGUAUCCGAGUGACCAAGAGAGGAUAAAGAGGGAGGUCGGAUUAAACGGCUGCUUGGUCGCGUUCGCUCGACCAAGUGAACGUCCUUAAGCUGAGAUCGCAGGAACGCGGGAAGCGAGCUGGUCUCGCUUUCGGGCGCAUGGAACAUGAUAGAGAUGUCGAGCGGAAUCGGUGCAACUGCAAUGGGGAUCGGCGUUAGUCACGGGACAGGGGGUGGCGAGGGUGUCGCCAGCGGGUGCCGGCUCCGCGCGCAGAGCCAAGGCCAGGCGAGCGGAUCAUCCAGCAACUCGCAGCAGUCCUCGCAGCAGCAGCAACAGCAGCAACAACAACAACAGGCACCCUCGUCGCAGCAGCCGCAGCAGCAACAGCAACGCCAGCCAUCCGGGAUCAUGGGCCGCUCGAAGAAGGACAACUGUUGCCUGUGCUGGUGCUGUUGUUGCAGUUGCUCGUGGAAUAAAUGCAGUUUGGCGGCGGUCGGUGGGAAUUCGACGGGCGCUGGUGGCGCGGCCGAUCAGGGGAAGAAGAAAGGGAACGCGGGCGUGGAACACAGCGAGUUGUGCGAGACGGGGAACGGACUCGACGGCCUCGACGGUCUGGACGGGAACGCUGAGUGCAGUUUGGAAGAGAUCAGGUCGUGGGGCUCGUCCUUCGACAAACUGAUGAGGAGCCCCAUCGGACGUAAAUUCUUCAGGGAGUUCCUGCUCAGCGAGUACAGCGACGAGAACAUCGCGUUUUGGCUGGCAUGCGAGAAUCUGAAACGCGAGAGCAACUCCGAGAAGAUCGAGGAGGACGCACGGUACAUCUACGAUCGUUACAUAUCCACUGUCUCGGAGAAAGAGGUGAGCCUGGACUCGCGAGUGCGCGAAAUAGUGAAUCGUAACAUGGUGCAGCCGACGCCGCACACCUUCGACGAGGCCCAGCUGCAGAUCUACACGCUGAUGCAUCGGGACUCGUAUCCCCGUUUCGUGAACAGCGAGCUGUACCGGCGUGUGGCGCGACUUGGGACAGGGACGACGGGCGCGAGCAAUCAGGAACAGGACGGCGGCACCGGCAAGUCGAAGGGGAAGAAGGGCACCACGUAAUCGCGUCGUCCGACGACAAAAACCAACGAUGGGGUGGCAGCGGACCAACAGCCUCCGUCUCUCAGCGGGUAGCCCCCCGAGGCGGCACAUCGGGGGACGCCGCGACGCUGUCAACGCUGGCCGAUGACGACGAAAGCCGGAGGACAUCGGCGCCAACAAACGGCGAACUCUCUCUCUCUCUCUCUGCCCUGAGCGGUAAUUAAGCGAACAGAAGGAAAACGAAAGCAAGAGAAACGAAAUACAAAACAAACAGGAAAAGAAGAAGAAGAAGAAGAAGAAGAAGAAGAAGAAGAAGAAGAGGAAAAAGAAUCGAGAUCUCGAGGAGAUUGACGACGAGAUUUCGAGGAUUCUCACCUUUCGUCUCGAAGAGCUCGCGACUCGCUCUUCCACGCGACGCCACAUCGGGGCCAACGUGCACGAACUUGACGACGAAACUGAACCAAAUGAACGAAAUGAACGUAACGUGGACGAAGAGGACGAAGAGGAAGAAAGAGGGACGAGGAAGAAGAAAGAGCAAAAGAAAGGAAGAGGGAAGAUGAGAAAGAGGAACACGCUAGGAUCGCGUAACGUUGAUCUACGUUGGACUGCUCCUCCUUCCGGGACAUAGUGGUACACACACGCUCGUUCACGCGCCCAGUUAUGGAUCGAGGAAUCGAAAACACAGAACAUAUAUAUGUACAUAUAUAUAUAUAUAUAUAUAUAUAUAUAUAUAUAUACAUACACGUACACGCGGGUCGGUCGGGGAUGGCAUUCAUCUUUCGAAAAAGUUCCUAAGUUCCAUCUAAGUUUUUCGCGACUGAUCUCUCUCUCUCUCUCUCUUUCUCUCCCUCUAUGCACACACGUGACCAGCUCGACGCAUGAAUCAAUCGUGUCUUCUCUUUGUCUCUCCCCCCUCCCACCGCUCGAGCUCUCUCGAUUUUUUUCUUUUCUUCUUUUCGACCCCCCGUUUCUCUACAUCC